AUGUCUGCAGUCACCUUCUCUAUAAAGACCAUAUGUUGGUCUCAGUACGAACAGAGAACGCCCAUUCUUCUCCAAGAAGAAAACGGCCCGUGCCCUCUUUUAGCCAUUGUUAAUACUCUCCUACUACAAGCAGAUAUUGGUGCUCGCACAUCUGAGAUCGACAAUCCUGGCCUGAGGAAGGUAGUUGACAAGACUCGGGAUUUGCGGAACGUCUUGUUAGCGUGUGGUGACCGUAUUCUGUUGGAUCUAGUAGUAGAAACACUUGCCAAUUAUUUGCAGCAAAAUUCAGAUCUCGACAAUAAAUCUUUGGCGAUAGUGGUAUCCCACCUUCCGUCGCUUAUACAAGGUCUUGAUGUUGAUAUCAACCUCAUAACCGGUACAUGUUCCACGGAGGGGUUAGCACACAUGCUAUUCCAGGGCUUUGGUUUAGAAUUCACUCAUGGCUGGUGUAGAGAGCCCUACUUGGGGUUAUCGUCAGACGCUGUGUUCGAGGACCAUCAAACCUACGACAAGAUACAAGAUUUUUUACUCAAAGACAAUUCGGGAGCUGCUUUUGAAAUCAGAGAGUGGUUGGAAAAAAAUAGCACACAACUCACCGACUAUGGCCUCCAAGUGAUGGACAAAACCUUGCGCGCCGACCUGGUGUCGGUGUUCUUUAGAAACAAUCACUUCUCCACCCUAUACAAGGGGGCCAACCACGACUUUUAUCUUCUUAUUACAGACAGAGACUUCUCAGCCCACGAAAAUUAUGUGUGGCAAUCACUCAACUCCAUCUCUGGAGGCGAGGACUUGUUCUUUACAGGUGAUCUUACGCCUUUGAUAGAGGAAGGGCUUACAAAUGAGCGGCCCGAAGAUACAGCUGACAGAAGAUUUGCAGCAGAACUACAAGAACAGGAGGACAUUGCCAUGGCCAAACGACUCCAACAGAAGUACGACGAGCCAUCAAAGAAUGCCUCGAGAGCGCGUCAACCUAGCGAUAAACAUAGAGCACAACAAAGUAGCAAAAAAUUGCAAAAUGACCCAAAAGAAGAGAAGAAAAAGACAAAAGGUUGCAUGAUCGUUUAA